UUAUUUUCUGUUAAUGAACUUUGUUUCGCGGGCGAACUGAGCCCCACAAUAUACUUUUUUGUCAGGGUAACUCGCCGGGACUAUUUUUCAUUGGCAGCGCGGAGGGUUAACUGCAGAACUGCAGUUGUUGUUCGUCUGCAUAGAGUCUAUAUAAAGAAGCGUUCUGACAGCUGUCGCCUCAUUCAGAAUGCGGGUACCCAGAAGAGCAACAUCUCAGUGAGGAGCAGCUAUGCGGUGUGGCUUCGGUAUGG